UCAGAUAUGCACACUCGGGUAGGGAAUCUUAUGAGCAGACAGAACAGGGAGGUUGAUCUGCGUUUCCUGCAGAGGCCACCCCUAUCGGGAACCCCAAGGUUGCCUCAGCAUGAUCACUAGCCGGAGAGAGGAGACUGACCCACUUGCUUCCACCAGCUUCUGAAGGUGACAACUGAACCCCCAGGUGGCCCCUCACCACCACACCAGGGGCCUGUAUUUCUUAGAUAAAGACAGCCAGGCCUGCCACCCUUUAGCGCCAAGGUUCAGAGGUCCAGAAAGCCAGGACCAGAGACAUGGGCAAAUCAUCAGAGAUGUGGUGCGUUUUCCUGUUUUCACUUUUGGCAUCAUCUUCUGCCGAGCCUACCAUGUAUGGGGAGAUCCUGUCCCCUAACUAUCCUCAAAUAUAUCCCAAUGAGCUAGAGAAAACUUGGGACAUAGAAGUUCCAGAAGGCUUUGGGAUUCAUCUCUACUUCACCCACCUGGACAUAGAACUGUCAGAGAACUGUGACUAUGACUCAGUGCAGAUAAUAUCAGGAGGCAUCGUAGAAGGGAAACUCUGUGGACAGAGGACCAGCAAGAGACCCAACUCCCCCAUUGUAGAAGAGUUCCAAAUCCCAAACAAUAAACUCCAAGUGAUCUUUAAGUCAGACUUCUCCAAUGAAGAACGGUUUACCGGCUUUGCUGCAUAUUAUACAGCCAUAGAUGUAGACGAGUGCACAGAUUUUACAGAUGUCCCUUGCAGCCACUUCUGCAACAACUUCAUUGGUGGUUAUUUCUGCUCCUGUCCCCCAGAAUACUUUCUCCAUGAUGAUAUGAGGAAUUGUGGAGUCAAUUGCAGUGGGGAUGUAUUCACCAAUCUGAUUGGGGAGAUCACAAGUCCCAAUUAUCCCAACCCCUACCCGGAGAACUCAAGGUGUGAAUACCAGAUUCUGCUGGAGGAGGGGUUCCAAGUGGUGGUGACUGUGCGGAGAGAAGAUUUUGAUGUGGAACCAGCUGACUCAGAAGGGAACUGCCGUGACAGUUUAGUUUUUGCUGCAAGAAAUCAACAAUUUGGUCCUUACUGUGGUAAUGGAUUCCCUGGGCCACUAAGUAUUGAAACCAAGAGUAAUACUCUUGAUAUUGUUUUUCAAACUGACCUAACAGGGCAAGGAAAAGGCUGGAAGCUCCGUUACCAUGGAGAUCCAAUCCCUUGUCCCAAAAAAGUCACUGCCAAUUCUGUUUGGGAACCUGAAAAGGCAAAAUAUGUGUUUAAAGAUGUGGUGAAAAUAACCUGCGUGGAAGGGUUCGAAGUUGUGGAGGGAAGUGUUGGCUCCACAUCUUUCUAUUCGAUUUGCCAAAGCAAUGGAAAAUGGACUAAUUCUAAACUGGAAUGUCAACCUGUGGACUGUGGUGCUCCAGAGCUCAUCGAGAACGGUAAAGUCGAAGAUUCAGGAAACAGUUUAUUUGGUUCCGUCAUUCACUACACUUGUGAAGAACCAUAUUACUACAUGGAACAUGAAGAAGGUGGGGAAUAUCGCUGUGCUGCUAAUGGGAGCUGGGUGAAUGAGGUACUGGGCACUGAGCUGCCCAAAUGUGUUCCAGUCUGCGGAGUCCCCACUGAACCCUUUAAAAUACCACAGAGGAUAUUUGGAGGAUACCCUGCAAAGAUUCAAAGUUUCCCCUGGCAAGUCUUCUUUCAGAGCCCAAGGGCUGGUGGAGCUCUUAUUGAUGAAUACUGGGUGUUGACGGCUGCCCACGUCGUGGACGGAAUCUCUGACCCAUCUAUGUAUGUUGGGUCUACCUCUGCAAAAAUGGGAGCUCUAGAAAAUGCUCAGAAGCUCACCACUGAACGUGUGAUUAUUCAUCCAGACUGGAAACACGUGGAUGACCCAAGCACACGAACCAAUUUUGACAAUGACAUUGCACUGGUGCAACUGAAAGACCCUGUGAAAAUGGGACCGAACGCUUCCCCUAUCUGCCUGCCCGGCACAUCCUCAGCAUACAACCCCUCAGUGGGUGACCUGGGACUGAUCUCAGGGUGGGGCCAAACAGAGAGGAGAAAUUUUGUUGCCCAACUCCGAGGGGCAAAGUUACCGGUAACUACUUUAGAAAAGUGCCAGCAGGUGAGAGAGGAUAAUCCUAGAGCUAGGGCUGAGGCCCAUGUUUUCUCUGACAACAUGAUCUGUGCUGGGGAGAAGGGUGUUGAUAGCUGUCAGGGGGACAGUGGUGGGGCUUUUGCUCUGCAGGUCCCCAAUGAAAAGAACCCUAAAUUCUAUGUAGCUGGCCUGGUGUCCUGGGGGAAAAAGUGUGGGACCUAUGGGAUCUACACAAAGGUGAGGAACUACCUUGACUGGAUAAUGAAAACUAUGAAGGAGACUAGUGUCCCCCAGUAAAGACUAAUCUGCGUGGAUGCCACCAGCCACUCCAAGGGCUCAGCCAGGUCAUUGUUUCCAGCUCCUUUUAAUAUUCCCCAAAUUUGGGGCUGGAGAGAUGGCUCAGUGGUUAAGAGCACUGGCUGCUCUUACAGAGGAUCUGGAUUCAGUUUCCAGCACCCACAUAGUGGCUAACAACCAUCUGUAACUCCAGUUCCAGAGGAUCCAGAACCCUCUUCUGGCUACUUCAGGCAUUGCAGGUACACUUAAUUACAUGCAGGCAAAACACUCAUACAUAAAAUAAACAUAAAUUUUAAAAAAAGGAAAAUCCCAUUGCUUCACAUGACAGAGAUGACAUGGGAGUGUGAUUAACAUAGAACUUGGUUACCUGGCUGGAAGUAGGUUUGAUGCAGAACUGUGUUGGUUAUUCUGUUGUGAAUACUUGUCUCUUAUUGCUAACAAUCUGAGAGAGGCCCUUUAUCUUGCACUAUUCUACAGGGAUAUCUUAACUUUUUUUUGGUCUCUUUUGACCUGUUUGAAAUUCCAUUUGCUUUAUAAUUCUUGGUGUUCAUUAUCUACUUACAAUAAAGCAUGUUUAUAAUCCA